GAUUUCUAUUUUGAAGUCGCAGUUGAAGCGCGCAAGUCACUGAGUUUUCCGAAAGAAACGUGUAGAGCUGUGGAAUAUAGUUCAGCAAAAUGGGUAUCGACUUAAUCGAAGUUUGGAAUAGACCUCCACCAGAUCCUGUCCUGGUCAGUUCCAUGACGUUGGUGAACUCGCCAUGGACUGUGACAUUUAUUUUGGUCGGCUAUUUAGUAUUUGUACUGAAGCUGGGAAAAAGCUUUAUGGAGCACCGCAAUCCGUACAAUCUAAAGAACGUAAUGUUGGUCUAUAACGUGGGACAGGUGAUCUUCAAUUUCGUAUUGUUUGUUUAUGGACUCGAUAUGAUCCUCCUCAAUCCCGUUUACAAUCUACAUUGCAUGGAACGUCUCCCACUUGAUCACCCCUCAAAGAGUACCGAGCGUACGCUGGUUUAUUUGUACCUAUUGAACAAGAUCCUUGACCUGAUGGACACGGUGUUCUUUGUGCUGCGCAAGAGUUAUAAGCAGAUCACAUUUCUGCAUGUCUACCAUCAUGUGAUGAUGGUUUAUUCCACAUUCUGGGUAUUCCGUCUAUACGGCGGCUCUGGGCAAUUUCAUGUGAUGGGAACAUUGAAUACCUUUGUCCAUAGCGUUAUGUACUCCUACUACUUUAUAUCCGCCUUGAAUACGAAUCUUAAGGACAAUCUCUGGUGGAAGAAGUAUAUUACCAUAAUUCAGUUAAUUCAAUUUGCCAUUGUACUUGUUCAGUCGUUGAUUGUUCUCAUCUUCAAUCCGAGCUGCCAGUUUCCCAUCUUUAUGCAGUAUAUGCAACUCUUUCAGGCAAUAGUCAUGCUAGUUUUGUUUAGUAAAUUUUACUUCAAUUCCUACAUUAGGCCAAAAUCGAAGAAAAAUCUAUAGAAAUUAAAUUGUUUUUUAUAUUAAAGAAUCUGAAUGGAAUAAAAGAAUAUGACUUAAGC